AUGCAAUAUAGAGUUUAAUUGUAGUAGAUUAAUUAGAAUACUAAUGUUAUUCCAAUAUCAAUUAUGCAAUCUCUGAAGGGUUUGAGCAAGUAUUUUAAAAAGGAUAAGUGUACUUAAAUAUAGAGAUCUUGUACUUCAUUAUCUCCAAAACAAAAUAUUACUCGAAAGAACUCUAAUUAAGUUGAGAAUCAGCUUUUAAAUUUUGUAAAUAGUAAUGAGAAUAGAUCAGUUCCAAAUUUAUUUGAAAAUGUUCAUAAAAAGAAUAUAAAUCCAAUUAUCAAUCAAAAAAUACAAAAGGGAAGAAGUUCAUCAAUAAUGAUGAAUAAUAUUAAUUAAGAGGAUUGGAAAUCUAAAUAUUUAUAAUUGAAAGAUACUUUAAAUUAACGAAUUACUUCUUUAGAAUUGGAAUUAGAAAAGAUUUAUGCUAUUGAAAUUAAUGCAAAGAGUAUUAUUGAUUAAUUAAAUCAUUAAAUAAAUCAAUAGAACUUAUAAUUAGAAGCAUAUAGGAAUAGAGUAAGAGAGAUUGAAAUAGAUUUAGAAAAAAAGAAUCAGUAAAUAAAAAAACUGACAAUUGAUAUCAAUUAAUUCUAGAUAAUAAUCAAUAAUGAAAAAAAUAAUUAAAUGGAUUUAUGGAGAUAAGAUUUAAGAACUCCAAAAUAACCAUUUCUAACUACUGCAAUGAAAUAAAUUUAAUAAAUCUUUGAAUAAUUAGAGGUAUAAUAUUUAUUCAUAUGUAGAAUUCAUAAACAAAUUAUAAAAUUCAUACACCAUUAAGUCAAAAUUUAUCAAUAUCUUCCUCAUCUAUGGUUGAAAUGAUAAAUGAGAUGAAAGAGUCCUCUUGA